AUGGGUGAACGAAAUUAUCCAUUCCUUCUCCUUCUCACCUCCCUCCUCCUUGCCUUGCCUUUCUUCUUUUUCACCUUCUCCUCUUCCUUCUACCCUUUCCUCUUCGCUUUCACUUCCCUCCCCAUCUCCUCCAAUUUCCACGUCUCCCUAUCUCCUCCCAUUUCCACCCCACCAAUACCCCAGGAGGAGGAGGCUCCACCUCAAGACAUUGACUUGAACGCCACUUUGAAUAUAAGAUGGAAGAAUUGCAGGUUAGGAUCCGUGACGGUGGAUUAUAUACCCUGUUUGGAUAAUUCCCAAGCCAUUAAGCGAUUGAAAUCCAAGAAACACAUGGAACAUAGGGAACGUCAUUGUCCUCUUCGCCCUCCUAGGUGUUUGGUGCCUUUGCCCCUCCAUUAUAAGGUUCCCAUUCAAUGGCCUAAGAGCAGGGACAUGAUUUGGUAUAGCAACGUUCCUCAUCCUAAGCUUGUGGAAUACAAGAAGGAUCAGAAUUGGGUGCGUAAAUCUGGUGAUUAUUUUUCUUUCCCUGGAGGUGGUACUCAAUUUAAAGAUGGGGUUAAUUACUAUAUUGAUUUUAUACAAAAGACUUUACCGGCGAUUAAAUGGGGAGAACACAUUAGGGUUGUUUUAGAUGUUGGAUGUGGUGUGGCUAGCUUCGGUGGUUAUUUGCUGGACAAAGAUGUGAUUACCAUGUCAUUUGCCCCAAAGGAUGAACAUGAAGCUCAGAUACAGUUUGCUUUGGAGAGGGGAAUUCCUGCUACACUUUCUGUAAUCGGCACGCAAAAGCUGACAUUCCCGGACGAUGCAUAUGAUUUGAUACACUGUGCACGAUGCAGAGUUCAUUGGGAAGCUGAUGGUGGGAGGCCCUUACUGGAGCUGAACAGGGUUCUUAGGCCUGGAGGAUUCUUUAUAUGGUCUGCUACACCGGUUUAUCAAAACGAUGCCAAGGAUCGUAAAAUUUGGAAGUCAAUGGAGGCUUUGACAAAAUCCAUAUGCUGGAAGGUUGUGGCUAUGGAGAAAAGAGUUGGCUCGACUCGAGUUGGGCUUGUAAUAUAUCAGAAGCCUUCCUCAUAUUCCUGUUAUGACCUCCGCCCCAGCAUAAUAGCAAGACGUCCACCCUUGUGUGAUCAGAAACAUAAGGAGAAGGUCCAAUGGAAUGAGCGCCUUAGUUAUUGUAUUUCCAGACUUCCAGUUGAUAGCAAGGGUAAUUUGAUCAGCUGGCCUGCACCAUGGCCCCAGAGGCUAACCAGUAACCCUCAAAGCCUUCCAUCUGAACCAGAUGCAGAGGACAUAUUCAAUGAGGACACCAAACAUUGGGCAUCACUCGUAUCGGAUGUCUAUUUUGAUGCUCUAGCCAUAAAAUGGGGUAGCGUAAGAAAUGUGAUGGACAUGAACGCUGGUUAUGGAGGAUUUGCAGCGGCACUCAAUGAGUUUCCUCUAUGGGUGAUGAAUGUUGUACCCAUUGAUACACAAGAUACCUUGCCUAUUAUUUUCGAAAGGGGUUUGAUCGGAAUCUAUCACGACUGGUGCGAGUCAUUUAAUACAUACCCUCGAACAUAUGAUCUGCUGCAUUCCAGUUUUCUCUUCAAAAACCGUACACUGAGAUGUGAGAUUAUAGAUAUAGCAGUGGAGAUGGACCGCAUACUGAGACCUGAUGGAUAUCUAUUGCUUCAAGACACCAUGGAAACAAUUAAGAAGCUGAAUCCAGUACUGAGAUCAUUGCACUGGUCAACAAGCCUUUACCAAGGCCAAUUUCUUGUGGGAAAGAAGGGUUCAUGGCGUCCAAGUGAAUGAGCAAAUGCGAAGUA